AUGAAAUCAGGGAAUAAAAUCGACAUCAAAAAGGAGGCAUUAAAAAGGCCAAUGGAAAAAGGUGUAAUAACCCCCAAUCAGAAAAAUAAUUCAGUAGACGCGUUAUUUUCAGAACAAAAUGAAAUAAAUGGUAGCAGAAAAAACAAUGUCCAGAGGGAAAUGUCUAUACCAUCGAAUGAAAUCAUUUUAGCAAACAAAAUGGAACAUAUGGACAAGCAAAACGCAAAAAGCGAAGAAUGGUUAAACAGACUCAAAGAAAAUAAAAGGAGAGAAGAGGAUGAAAAAAAGGAUGAGCAAAAGACGGAAGAAAAGGACACAUUCUAUAAAAAUUAUCCACAAAGUAGUAACAAAAUUGGUGAUGUCACAUCAGGGAAUAGCAAGAAGAGAAGAAAAGAAAGCGAGAGCAUCUUUGGUAGUAGUAGUAGGGGAUUCAGAGGAGUUCAGUUUUCCAAAAAGGAGAAAAGUGAUGCAAGUAGUGAUGUUAGAAAUAGAAGUCAUGAUGGCCAUGAGUAUAACAUUGGAAUUGACAAUGACGUGGAAAAUGGAGUCAAUGAUGAAUUACACGACAAGGUGGACGACGAUGUGGACGAUGAAAUGGAUAACCAAAUGAGCAAGGGACAAUGCGAAUUGUGUGAUUUAGAUAAUUAUGAAAACGAUCUAGAAGAAAAUAACGUCAAAGACAAAGGGAGUGCAAAAAAUAAUAUAAGAGACAAUUCGAUAUAUUCAGAUACGGAUGCUUCCUACUUGAGCGAUAUGAACAAGAGCAAAUUGAACCCCCAAAAUGAUUCUUGUUGCUGUUUCAUGUGGAAGGGUAAAAAAUAUAGCAACAAUAACAGCAAGAUAAAAAUGUCCCAUGACAUAAACUUUGAAGAUACGAACCAAAAGAAAAUAGGAAAGAAAGACACAAGUAAUGAAUUAAAAAAUAUGGAUUGGCUAAUAUACACUAUUAGAUACAUGGAUUAUAGGAGACUUAGAAGAAGAUUUAACGGAAUAAGAAAGCCUAUUUCCAAAAAAAUUGUAUUCAUCAUAACUAUAUUUUGUUUAAUAUUAAUAUCAUGGAAAUAUUUUAAAACAUCCUAUCAGAAUAGCGUGCUUACCAUUAGUUUCAAAAUUAAAACAUCCUUUUUAUUUUUUGUAGAAGCUGCAUUAGCAGUUAUUGGAGUAAUAAUAUUUGCAAAAUUUCAGACACGGCUAAGCUUACACUGGCCUAUAUAUGCUUCUUACAUAUUUAUAAUAUGUGCAUGUAUUUUAUUAAUAUUUUAUGAGAAGGAUCAAAAUGAUAAGCCAUCGAGAGGUGAACACAUUUUAAUGAUUUAUGGAAUAGUACAAUUGUCCCUAAUAAUAAUAGUUAAAAUUAUUAUAUGCAUUGGACCAAUUCUAGCUAUAUACGGAUUUUUCUGUCCAUGCACAGAACAUUGUAGAAUAUUAAAAAAAAAAAUAUCAACGAAUAAGCUGAAUAUAACUAUAAGCCGUUACAACGAUUUUGCAGGAAUGUGUGGAAAUAACUUUUGUUGUUUAUGCCUAUGUGCAUAUCGAACGUUCUAUCGCAUUAUAAACUGUUUUUAUAAAAGGUUCUCAAAUUUACGCUUUAAAAUGGCAAAUGAUAAUAUUAAUGAAGCACCCUUUAGUCACCAGUUAAGAUAUAAAGGGAAAACUGAUAUUUAUGGUAGACCUCAUGGGUAUGGUGAAUGGAUAGAAGAUCAUUCUUAUGGAGAAAAAUUAAGAGGUUUUUGGUUUCAUGGAUAUCCAGUGGGUCCCUUUAUAUCACAAGAAGUUGGUAGUGGAUCUUUAUUUGUUAAUACAAGAGUUGGAUUUGCUGCAUGUGUAGGAAAGGAUUGGUCAGAUGUGCGAUAUGGUGUUUCUUGUACGGAGUGUUCUAUUAGUGGUCAUUUUUUUAAUGAUUUUCCAUUAACUCAUUUUUUCAAUCCAAAAAUAGAAAAAAAUGAAAAUGGAAGACUACCAAUGAAUAGAUAUGAUAUCAUAGUAAAGGAUAUUUUAAAAGAUAAUUAUGAAGAUAUUUUAGGUUACGAUUUAAAGUGGUGUUUUAAUAUGCUAAAAGUUAAUAGUAGCACGACUACAGAAUAUUUUUCUAAUAAUUGUAUGAUAUCUGUAGACCAUGUAACUAUGAGUUUAAAGGUUCAUAAUUACAAACGUCUGGGUUCCAUCAGAGCGAGGAAAAAUAACAUUCUAGACGAAAUUACAGUAAAAUUGGUACACAUUCCGAAAGAAAAGAAAAACAAAAAAAAUUACAAAAAUAGUGGUUAUUAUCCUUAUCUUCUUAAAGAUAAUAACGAUUGUGAUGAUAAUAAUACUGUUUCGAAUAACAGAUUUGUAAAAUACGAUGAACAAUUAAAAUGUCAAGAAAAUGAAGAAUUUUUUUACACCAAUCAACAUAGAAUCCACAACAGUAUUAAAAAGAUAAAUGAACAAGGGUAUCGUAACUACACCAGUGAGAUAAAGGAAGAUAAGUAUCAUUCUUUUUACACACACAAAUUAUCAGAUAAGUUACUGAACACUGUAAAUGAUGAUAUUUAUUUGUACAAAAUGAACAAAUCUAUAAAAUCCACAGAAAUGCACAACGCGCCUCAUUUUUACGACCCUAGUGUGGAUAACGACACCUCUGAUACGUACAAGACACAAAUUGGAACAUAUCGAGCCAUGCAUGACACGAAUAAUGACUCAUCUAGUCUUUCCAAUCAUCGGAUGAUUAAUUAUAAUGAAUCAAAGGGAAUAUGCAAAAGUGAUCACAAGAAGGAAUACAGACAUGGCAAAGAUGACAUCACUGGAUGCAAAUCUGAUGUGUCAAUGUUCAUAAAAAAUGAAAAAACCUAUGAGAGUAGAAACUUACAUGGGGAGGGAAUAUAUCGAAAGGGACAAUCAAACAACAAAAAGUGUUACAUUCCCUCCAAUUACAAGUACUUCACGGAGAAUUGUUACACAAAAAGUAACUCAGCUUUGUGUCAAGACAAAGAUACAUAUGUUGUUAAUAUAAAUAGUUUCGAUAGAGGAACAAACCUAUAUGAGAGAGGUAGUUCACAUGAAAUUUUUGGUGAGGAAGGGGAAAGGAUAGGAGUUUCCGAAAAGGAAAGAAAAAAAAAUCUGUUGAAAAAAGAAUCCCAAAUUUGGCACGAUGAAUACGGGAAAGAGAAAUUGCAUGAAUCUAAGCCUUCCUUUUUUAGCCAAAAUGAAUGCGAAACGUUCAAUGCCAAAAGGAAGGAAAUUCUUUGUGACAGCGUUUUGCCUGUGAAAUUUAGAGAGGACCAUAUUUUUGGACUGCAAAGGGAUGCAAGUAUUGAAAAUAAAAAAAAAAAUGCAAAUAGGGAGGGGGAAGCAAAUAGGGAGAGGGAAGCAUAUGCAGAGAUGGACACAAAUGAAUGGAAGAAAUGCAAAGGAAAGGAAAGCAAGCCAGAAGAAGAAUCUAAAUCGAAAGGUGAAAAAGAACAAGCAUUGUCUUCAAUUAUAAAUGAGAGAAAUCAGGUGGAAAAAGGUGUGACAGCAAAGAAUACUCAACAGUAUGAAGAAGAAGGAGAAAGCAAGCAAAACGACAAAAAAAAAAUACCCGUAUCGAAUGAGAGAAAACAAACAUUCGAAUCGGAAGUAAAUGAAGUGAACGAUACGCUGAGCAUAAAAAGUAAAGAAUUAAAAAGGCAACAGAGAGGAGAAGAUAAUUUAAAAGGAAGAUCUAAUGAAAAUAAUGAAAUGUAUGGAGAAAAUAAAACAUUAUUCAUUUCAGAUAUUUUUAAAUCAUUCAUAAAGUCAGGAAUAUCAAUGAAUUCAAGAAAUAAAAAUAUGAAAAGUUCUAAUGAUAAUAUAGAAAAUAAUAAACAUGAAAAAUAUAUAGAAAAAAGAAGGAAAAGUAAAAAAUCGAAAAGAAGCAGCUACUUGAAGACGAAUAAGGAUAGGAAAGAUACUUACAACAAAUCAAUGAAAAAAGUAAGUCUCCAUAGGAUGAAGAAUUCGAAGAUAAAAGGACUUGUAAAAAAAUAUACAAAACAGUACAGGAAGGGUUCUAUUUAUAUAACUUCAAAUAAUAAAAAAGUGGAUAAAACUAUACGUUUAAAAUAUAAUUAUAAAAGUAAAAAUACGCCAAUAAUAAGCACGUUAGCUGAUAAGGUUAAAAGUAUAAAUGAAUCAUUUGGUAGUUUGAGUGGACAUAAUUUAUCAACUUAUAAUAUACAAAGAAAUAAAACUAUUGCUCAGGUUUUUGCUGAAGAAGAUGAAUGGGAAAAUUAUCGACAUAAACAUAAGGAAAAAAUUAUUGUUGAAGGAUGGCAAUCAUUAUCAUUAAAACAAAAUUUAAAUUUUAUGCCAGACGAAAUUGUUAUAUAUAUACAUGGAUAUAAUGUUAAGUUACAUCAUGGAUGUUCUCAAUUAGCCCAUUUAGUUUCAUUUUCUAAACUUCCUUCAUAUAUACAACCAUUUGUUUUUCAUUGGGAAGGUGCUAUGUGGGGUGCCUUCUCAGCUUUGUCUUAUCCCGUUGCACGAAAAAGGUCCGAAAUGGCAGUAUUAGGAAAUUCUUUUAAAACUUUUAUACAAGAACUUAUAAAUUCAGGUAUUAAAAAUGUGCACAUAAUAAGUCAUUCUUGUGGCUCUAGGCUUUUUUUUAACGGAUUUGCAAGCUGUGUAGAAGACAAUCUUUUUUACAAUGUUCUAAAAAAUGAAAAAUCAAAAUUGAAAAAGAGUAACCGCUAUAAAGAUAAAUCCCAAAAUUGCAUGAAUAAGGAAGGUGCGGAACGCAAUUGUGCUAACGAUAGUGUCAAGGAUCUUAACGAAGAUGGUUCAAGGAAUUAUGCUGAAAAUUGCAGUGACAAUUACAGCGGUAGUGUCUGGAAUGAUCCUACAACUGCUCCCAAAUGUCCACAUAAUAAGAAAAGGAAAAAAAAAAAAAAAAAGAAGCAAAUCAUAGUCAAGACUGUUAUUUUGCUAAAUCCAGACUAUCCAUUAGACAAAUUUUUAGAAAAAGAUUUUUUCGUCUUAAGAAGCCAUUGUAAUCAUAUUGUUAUGUAUGGUGAUACGAGGGAUCAGGCACUAACUUAUUCAGAGACAUGGAAUAGAGAAAAGUGUCUUGGGAAGAGAAUUUUCAAACUAAAAUUACCCUUGUAUAAAAUUUACAAUUCUGAAGAUUAUAUGAACUUAAAUUUGGACAGGAGCAAUUUUUUCACUGGUAAUUAUGAGGAAAAGUACAAAAUGUGUGACAACAUUUUAUUUCCAAAUUCUUCAUAUGUAGAAGAAAAAAUAAAGGAGAAACAAAGUCAGUACAAGGUUGAAAACAUGUACUUGGAGAAGAACCAAACCCAAGGAGCAGAUGAAAAGGAAAAAGAAGAAAAUAAUCCGUUGAAUAAAUUCAUUCAGAGUAACACAAAUAGCACAUGGAAUGAUCAAAAUAUAAAUAAAACGAUUCGUAAAAUAUCCACGUAUGACCAAGAAGAAGGUGUCUCGUGUAUUUCAGAAGAUCUCUCGCAUAAUUACUUGAAUGAAAAUUUUCUAAAGACAGUGGAAUUUAGUGAUUCCAGUUUAAAAGCCUUUACAUCCAGAAGAAGGUUUAGAAUAUCCAAGGUUUUUAAGGAAAUGAAGAGAAAAUGGUUAUUCAAGAAUAAAAAAGAAAAUAUUUAUUUUAACCAAAACACAAUGAAUAGGCAUCCUUAUAACAUGAAAAUCAAAGAAAAGAUCUCCAAAACUUUAUCUCAAACAUGUAAAAAAACAGAUACAGUUUAUAUAUCCUUUGAUAAAUAUGCAUGGCUUGACAUGGAUGUGAUAGACACAACCUUUGUUGAAACGAAUGUAGAUUUUUUGAAGCAUUCAUUUUAUCAAGUAAAAAGAGAAAUUAUUGAUGACAUAAGGGAGGUAUUGAUAUCAAAUAUCCGUGCACACGAGCGUGUCAGCAGGUUAGACAGACGAAGAGGAAACGUUUUUGUAUUGCGAGUAGCUCCAGCCGUGGUUGGAAGCUUGCAUAGAUAG